AUGAGAGAAUCUGUAGAACAAGAAAUAUUAUCAUUAGCAAGUAAGGAAUUAUCAGAGCUAAAGAAAAUGUGGAAAGAGCUAUUUCAAUCAGAAGCCCCACCAUAUUGCCGAAAGUAUUUGAUAAGACGUAUAGCAUAUCGGUUGCAGGAAAAAGUAUAUGGUGAAUUAUCAAGUAAAUCAACUAAAAAACUUAAUGAUCUAGCUAGCCAAAUGGAAGAAGGAAAAAGAAUUAUCAAUAGUAAACUACCAAGGGCAGGAACAAAGCUUAUACGUGAAUAUAAAGGUGAAAAUCAUGAAGUGUUAGUGACCGGAGUAGGAUUGGUGUACAAAGGUCAGUCUUAUACAUCACUGUCUGCAGUAGCUAACAAAAUAACAGGUAGUCACUGGAAUGGCUUAGUAUUCUUUAAGGAGAAGGAAUAAAUGAAAAAAGAAGUUCGUUGUGCAAUUUAUACGAGAAAAUCUGAUGAAUCUGGGUUAGAACAAGCAUUUAAUAGUAUAGAUUCACAGAGGGCAGAGUGUGAAAAGUUUUUCAACACUAAAAAACAAGAGGGCUGGGAAUUACUAGCAAAAAGAUAUGAUGACGGAGGGUAUUCAGGAGGUAAUCUAGAUAGGCCAGCCUUGUGUGAAUUAUUGCGUGAUAUAGAAAUGGGAAGAAUUAAUUAUGUAAUAGUUUUCAAGUUAAAUAGACUGACAAGAUCAUUAGUAGAUUUUAUCCGAGUAAUAUCAGAUAAAUUUAAUAGAAACCGAGUGAGGUUUAGCUCAGUAAUGGAACCCUAUUUAAACGAGGAAAGUACAGACAAUGAGUUCAUGUUAUAUUUAAAUUUAGGUAUAGCACAACGAGAAAGGAAAGCAGUAGGAGAUCACAUAAGGAUAAAAAUCGCAGGAUCGAAAGAAAGAGGAUUAUGGAUGGGAGGCGCGGUGCCGCUGGGCUACGAUGCUAAAGAAAAAAAACUAAUUAUAAAUGAGGAGGAGGCAAAAGUAGUAAAACAUAUAUUUGAAAGAUUUAUAGAGCUAAAAUCAGUGGCAGCAGUGGCAAAAGAAAUAAACAGGCAAGGAUAUAGAGUGAAAGAAAGAAAAGUAAAAUCAGGAAAGAUUUACGGAGGAGGAGAAUUCAAAAAAGCAACAGUGAGAGGGAUAAUAACAAAUUUUACAUAUAUAGGAAAAGUAAAAUACAAAGAAAAAUGCUACCCAGGACAACAUGAAGGAAUAAUCGAUGAGGAGCUAUGGAAUAAAGUAGAAGAGAUAAGAAGAACACGCCAAGCAAAGUAUGAGCAAAAGUAUGAAGAGAUGUUAUUAAAAGGGGUAAUAAGAUGCCAUUCAUGUAACGUUAGCAUGGCAGGAACACAUACAAGAAAGAGAAACAAAAGCUAUAGGUAUUAUGUAUGCCGUAAUCAUAUAAGAGGAAUGCACUGCCAAUCAAGUAAUCGAACAAUAGCGGCAGGGGAAGUAGAAAAAUAUGUAAUAGAGGAAGUAAAAUACCUACUGGCAAACUCUGAACAAGCGCUUGAAGAUAUUAAUGAGGCAAAAAAGUUAAAAGAACUGGGUGAAAUGUGGGAGAAUUUAUUUCCAGUAAAACAGGAAGAGAUAAUAAAGCAAUUGGUUAAAACAGUGUGGAUAAGAGAGGAAGGAAUAGAGCUAAGAGUGAAAGUAAAAGACCUAAAGGAGCUAUCGUAUGCCUAUGCAGCUUAAAGAAGGAGAGAUAUUGUUGGGCAAGCAAAGAGAAAGUACAACAAGGAUGGAAAUAAAAAAUGGAGAAAUUGCUCUAUUUAGGCAGCUCAAGUUAAAGAAAAGCGUGGGUAGAUGCAUGAUACUGGCUCCGGAAGACGAAGCAAAUGAUAAGAAAGAUAAUACACUACUGAAAGGAUUAGUAAGAGCACAUCUGUGGCAACGUCAAAUAAAAGAAGGAAAAUACGCAACAACAAGGGAGCUUUGUACUGAGAUUAAUGUACGACAUAUACAGCGUAUUUUACGAUUAAAUUAUCUUGCUCCAAGGAUAAAAGAGGAUAUUCUAAACGGAACCCAGCCAAAAUAUCUGAAAUUAGCAGAUUUAAAGAAAAUAUAG